GAAUUAUACGCUGACAUAUUAUUGUCGUUUCAUCAUAUUUAUUCGUACUUUGUUAACACUAAUAAACUACCGCUUUUUAUUUUCGUCAUAUCUAUAUUAUUCAAGAGGAAAUUUAUACAUAAUUAAUUGAAUAUAUACAAAUAAUAUACAGUGAAUAAAUAAUGGAUCCAUCAGAUCCAGAUUUCAAAUAUUUGGGUGUAGAUCGAAAAGCUUUAUUAAAAGAAUUGGCUAAUUUUGAUAGCAAAAAUGUGAUAUGGGUUGAAGAUGAAAAAGAAGGUUAUGUAUUAGCUGAUAUUAAAGAUACAACUGGUGAUACAAUUACAGUAGCACUUAAAGAUGGAAGCGAAAAGAAAGUUAAAAAAGAUGAUGCACAACAAGUUAAUCCACCGAAAUUCUUUUUAAUUGAAGAUAUGGCUAAUUUGACACAUUUGAAUGAUGCUUCUGUUUUGGAGAAUUUACGUGCACGUUAUUAUAGACAAUUGAUCUAUACUUAUUCAGGAUUAUUUUGUGUAGCAGUUAAUCCUUAUAAACGUUUUCCAAUUUAUACGGAACAAGUUGCAUUAAAAUAUAAAGGAAAAAGACGUGGUGAAAUGCCACCACAUAUUUUUUCAAUUUCUGAUAAUGCUUAUCAUAAUAUGUUACAAGAUCGUGAAAAUCAAUCCAUUCUGAUUACAGGUGAAAGUGGUGCCGGAAAAACAGAAAAUACAAAGAAAGUUAUUUCAUAUUUUGCUGUUGUUGCAGCAGCUUCAAAGAAAGAGGAUGAUGAUGCUAGUAAAAAGGGAACACUUGAAGAUCAAAUUGUUCAAGCUAAUCCAGUUCUAGAAGCAUAUGGUAAUGCAAAGACUACAAGAAAUAAUAAUUCAUCUAGAUUUGGAAAAUUCAUUCGUAUUCACUUUGGUACAACUGGUAAAAUCGCUGGAGCUGAUAUUGAACAUUAUUUGCUUGAGAAAUCUCGUGUAGUUUCACAAAUGAAAGGAGAACGUAAUUAUCAUAUUUUCUAUCAAUUAUUAUCAACUUAUGGUUCAAAAUAUCACGACAAAUUAUUAGUUCAAACUGAUCCUGCUUUAUACAGUUUCAUUAAUCAAGGAGAGUUAACUAUUGAUGGUGUAGAUGAUAGUGAAGAAAUGAAAUUGUGCGAUGAAGCUUUUGACGUUCUUGGAUUUAAUGAUGAUGAAAAAUUAUCAUUAUUCAAAUGUACUACAUCAAUUUGUAAUAUGGGUGAAAUGAAAUUUAAACAAAGACCAAGAGAAGAACAAGCUGAAGCUGAUGGAACUGCUGAAGCAGAAAAAGUUGCAUUUCUUUUAGGUGUUAAUGCAAAAGAUCUAUUAACUUCAUUUUUAAAACCAAAAGUCAAAGUUGGUACAGAAUUUGUAACUAAAGGUCAAAAUUUAAAUCAAGUUACUUAUGCAGUCAGCGCUUUAGCUAAAUCUUUGUAUAAUCGUAUGUUUGGUUGGUUAGUAGCUCGUGUCAAUAAAACUUUGGAUACAAAAGUUAAACGUCAAUUUUUCAUUGGUGUACUGGAUAUUGCAGGUUUUGAGAUUUUCACUGAAAAUGGUUUUGAACAAAUCUGUAUUAAUUACACAAAUGAACGUCUACAACAAUUCUUCAACCAUCAUAUGUUUGUCUUAGAACAGGAAGAAUAUAAACGUGAAAAGAUUCAAUGGACAUUUAUUGAUUUCGGUAUGGAUUUGCAAGCUUGUAUAGAUUUAAUUGAAAAGCCUAUGGGUAUCUUGUCCAUUCUAGAAGAAGAAUGCAUCGUUCCCAAAGCUUCGGAUCAAACAUUCUUGUCGAAAUUAUAUGAUAAUCAUUUAGGUAAAAGCCCUAAUUUCACCAAACCGAAGCCGCCGAAGCCAGGACAUGUAGAAGCUCACUUCGAAUUGCACCAUUAUGCUGGAUCUGUUCCAUACACAAUAACUGGAUGGUUAGAAAAGAAUAAAGAUCCACUUAAUGACAGUGUAGUUGCAUUAUUAGGUGGUAGUAAAGAUCCUUUAGUAUCCAAUCUAUUUACUCCAGUUGUCGGUAAGUAUUUAUUUACUAUUACAAAUUGAAUGAUGAAUAAAUAAAAUGACAUUAGAACGAUUAAAGAGUUUAAUAGUUUACAUCACAAAAACUGAUCUAAUUUAGACAAUUAUUUUAAAAAAAAAAAUAAUCUGGCGACACAAAUUAACUAUUUCAAUGUUGAAACUCAUUAAUGAUACCACUAAAGAUUGAAAUCAAGAUCUCUCGAGUUUCAUAAUUUCUAAUUUUCAAUGAUUAUUUAUUUUUAUUUGUUUAUUUGAACACAUAGUUAUUGAUACAAGAGGGCAUCAGAUACAUAUGCGCCACACAAAUCUCACUCGAUAUGUGUGAGGGCUGUGAUACUGACUGGGUGCCCAGACCGAACCAGGUGGUUUUCUUAGAGGGCCAUACCCGGAGCCUUUGACCUGAAGGUCUGAUCCAUAAGGCAGUGGAGCAUCAUAAGGAGAUACAGUCUCAUGGUAGCCAGUGACCAACGAUUGGUUCGUACGCCAUUUGUUCCUUCAUGAUACUGGAGCCCAUGUGCACCAUUAUGCAGUUCAAUCUCUUGUAGCAAUUACAAUUGAAUCAUUACUAUUUUCUCUAGUUUUUAUUAUAAGAUGAGGUUAUCUGUAAUGUAGUUAUGUAACUGCUAUUACAUUCUCGAUUUGUUUAUUUACAUUUUGACUUGUUAACAAAUACCUUAUUAGAAUAACAGUAGUUGAUAGUAAUAGCUACUAAAAUUAGUAUCUUGUAAGUAGUAUUUUAAAAGAGAUAUAAAUGGCUAAUUAUUGAAGAAAACCUUUUGUCAGAAAUCAGGCCUUAACUACUAAAUAUGACCCUGAUGUUCAGAUAGAUAUCUUCUUCCAAUAGUACCAGGAGAUUGAUUGAUUUAAAUUUUUAAAAUGUUCAAUAUUACAUUAUGGUUCUCAAUUAUAAUGAACGCUAUUUUCCGGAAAAAAAAACUCAAUAAUUGUUUCACAUAUCGAACCGGGAAGAUUCAUUGGAAAAAUUUGAAUUUGAAAAGUACUCUAUAGUUACUAAGGCGUUUUCUAAUGAGUAUUAUUUCGUUAGGAUGAAGUUUGUUUUUGUUUUUAACCAUAGUUCAUAUAUUGAUUGUAUACCAUCAAAGUAACAAGAAUAAAUUUCUCAUUUCAUAAUUACUCAACUUAAAAGUUUUAGUGAUAUUAAAAUAAGAAUUAAAUAUUACCGUGUAUAGUUUGAAUGUAUAUCAUCAGAUGGGGGAUGAUAUUGGAAUAGUAUGAUUUGAUAGUCACUAGCAUUUUGGACAGAUAUCAUCACUUGAUUUAGACAUUAAUAACAUUUUCCAACUUGAUUCUUUCUUUACUAUCCAACAUGUCUAGUCAGAAUUAAAAAAUGGCUAGAUAUUAGUAACAUAUGUCCUAAGCACUUUUACUUAUUAUUAUUAUUAUUUUUAUUUAAACACAUAGAUAUUGGUACAAGGAGGCACCAAAUACAUAUGCGCCACACAAAUCUCAUUCGAUAUGUGUGAGCGCUGUGAUACUGACUGUGUGCCCAGACCGAACCAGGUGGUUUUCUUUGGGGGCCAUACCCGGAGCCUUUGACCUUAAGGUCUGACCCACAAGGCAGUGGAGCAUCGCGAGGAGAUGCCGUUCCAUGGUAGCCGGUGACCAACAAUUGAUUCAUACGCUAUUUGUUCCCUCAGGAUACUGGAGCCCAUAUGCACCACUGGUUUGGAAUCCAGUUAAAGCUCCGGACAUUCGCUUUUCGUCCUCCCAAUUUCGUAAACAACAUCCCCCGCCACGAGAAGUCACACUUAGGUAGAUGAAGGUUCAUACAGCACUUGAAUAACUGAUAUUCACAGAAAUUGUUUUCAUUUACUAAGGUAUGAAAUCGAUUACAAAGUUAAAAAAUAGAAUAAAGCUAUUACGUAAUUAUUCAUUAGGGAUUAAGUUAUGGUACCGUGAAUAUUAUUGAAGCUGUAUUUAGAUAUCAAAUUAUGAACAACUAAUUAGAUGACUAACAUACUGUUUCUCAUCAAAAAAUAAUCAAAAAUAAAAUAGUAUGAGACUGUCAGUAAAAUCUAGGCAAUAUAUUUCGUCCUAUUUAAACCUCAUCAGUUGGAACUAUCUACAUCUUAGUGCUGAUGUUCACCUAUUUCAUUUAUUUGCGCAUAUAUAAAUAUUGGUACAAAAGGGGGCACCAAUUACAUAUGUAUCACACAAAUCACAUGAUUUAUGUAUGGGCUAUGAUAAUGUUCACAUUAGGAUUCAAACUUAGAAUGUUAGUAUCUAUUGAGCAACUGAUUUUAAUUCAUUUUAUUUAAUCUUUUAAAAUGAGGAAAGUUCUUAUUUUAUAUUUGUAAAAAAUACAUAUGUAUGUAUGUAUGUAUAUAGGUGAACCUGGUAAAAAGACGAAAGGUGGCUCUUUCUUGACAGUGACCUACAUGCACAGGGUAAUUAUUAUUAUUACAACAACAACAACAACAAUAACAACAACCAAACAUAUAAGCUAAUAAUUUAAUUCGUAUGCUGAUCUAUCUCAUCUUAUUGGACUGCUGUUAUGUUGCUAUGACAUUUUGUUGACUAAUUUAUUAUCUGCUUGCUGAUGCUUUAAAAACACAAAAAAAACACAAAUCAAUAUAAUAUCGAUUAGUGAUAUCAUUAAAAAUCUAGGUGAAUUAUCCUUGCAUAUGUUGCUAUAGUAUGCAUUUUCGAGAGAG